UCCCCAGACCGGACCCAGACCUGGUCCCCCCCCCAGACCGAUGGCCCUGCUGCGGAGGGGCCAGCGCUGCCUGCUGGCGUCCAGCUCCGUGUCCCUGGUGCUGCUGCUGCUGGUCCUGUACGGCAGCAUGAGCAGCCCCCACCCGGCCGGGGGGGGUCUGGACCGGUACCAGCUAACGGGGCCCCCCCUCUACAAGCUGGACCUGGGCUGGCCCCGGAACCCCGAGCUGUUCGGGGGGCCCGUGUUCGCCGUGGCCGUGGACCCGCACGCUAGCGUGGUCUACGUGGCCCAGAGAGGUGUCAACGUCCCCAAGGUCCUGGUCUUCAGCACCGACGGCCGGUUCCUGACGUCCUGGAACUCCUCGGACCUGGAGACGCCUCACGGGAUGUUCCUGGCCGGGUCCGGUUCCCAGAACCCGUCGGUCUGGGUCACCGACGUGGGGACGGGACCGCUGGGACACACGGUCAAGGAGUUCUCCCCCACCGGGACGCUGCUGCAGGUCCUGGGCACCCCGGGCAGACCCGGGUCGGGUCUGGACCCGCUGCAGUUCGACCAGCCGUCGGAGGUGUUCGUAGACCCGUCGGGGGACAUGUACGUGGUGGACGGGGACGGGGGGCUCAACAACCGGCUCCUGAAGCUGGACCGGGACCGGCGGGUGGUCUGGGUCCACGGGGGGCGGGCCGGCGCCGGCCCGGCCCAGUUCUACAUCCCCCACAGCGUGACGGUGGACGGGUUCCGGCGGGUGUGGGUGGCGGACCGGGGGAACCGCCGGAUCCAGGUGUUCAGCGCCGGCACCGGGGACUGGCUGGGGUCCUGGGGGUCCUGCUUCGGGGGGGACGACGGGCCCUACUCGGUCCGGGUGUCGCCGGACCGGCGGGUCCUGGUGGUGGUGCGGCUGCACAGCGGCCAGGUCAGCCUGCUGGCCGCGCCCCCCCCUGGGAACAUCGGCCAGUGCACCGUGGUCUCCGUGGUCCAGCUGGGGGACCAGGUCCAGCCCCACCUGGUGGACCUGGACCCGGGGACCGGGGACCUGUACGUGGCCCAGAUCGGGGCGCAGCAGGCGCAGAAGUUCACGCCCUUCACCCUGGGGGGUCUGGGUGGGCUGGGUGGGGGGCUGCGCUAGACCACCUGAAACCGGAACCACAGACCCCCCCCUUCAGCCCGGGGGGGGCUGGACCCACGGAACCUACGUUUCCAUGCAUCAAUAACCCUUUUCUAACCGGAAUAUUAGCAAUAACCCGGUUGACACGGCCAUGUAAACACCAAUACCCCAAAAAAU